AUGAAUAACAUAAAUACAAUGAGUAACAAUACACAACAAUAUAAUAAUGAAAAAAAUGAAUCUUCUUAUGGUGAAACGAGAAUAAAUGAACAAUGUAAUUAUCAAAUAAAUAAUCCAUAUAAUCCAGCUCCAUCUAUACCUGUAAAAUUAUUUGUAAGUUCAAUCCCAAAAAAUUUGACAGAAAACGACAUUAGAACAAUAUUUGAAGAAUUUGGAGGAAUAAAAGAUAUUGUUUUUAUUAAAGAUAAAAAGCCAAAUAUAAACAGAGCAAAUGUAUUUGUUCGAAUGGAGUCAAUAUUUUAUGCACAAAAAGCAAUAAAGGAAUUACAUGGUAAGAAAGUAUUAAAUGAAAAUUUGGGACCAUUAAUAGUAAAGUUUGCCAUUGGAGAAUUAGAAAAAUAUGGAGUCAAUAUGAAUAAUGCAAAUGAAAACGAAGCAAAAUUAUUUGUGGGAUCAUUACCUAAAGAUAUAACAGAAGAAAAAAUAAGAAAUUUAUUUAAUAGAUAUGGAAAUGUUACAGAAAUAUAUAUAAUGAAAAAUAGUAAUGGUGUUAGUAAACGAUGUGCUUUUGUUAAUUAUGGUUUUAAAGAACAAGGAAUAUUUGCUAUACAAAAUUUAAAUGGUAAAAUAGCUAUAGAAAAUGCUGAAAAACCAAUAGAAGUACGAUUUGCUGAAACAAAAAAUCAAUUACAAGAAAAGCAAAUAUUAAGUAGAUCGUUAAUGAAUCCAUUAAAUAAUAAUAAUAAUAAUAACAAUAACAAUAAUAACAAUAAUAAUAAUAAUACAUAUAUGCAAUCACAACAAUUUAAAAAUAUGCAUGUUGGCUCUUUUAGUAGAUAUCCUUUACAUAUGAAUUAUAAUUUGCAGAAUACUGCAAAUCAACAAAGAACAGCAAAUAAUUCUACUCAAUCCCACUGGAAACAAUAUUUUUCAAAAGAAGAUGGAAGACCUUAUUAUCACAAUGAGUUAACUGGACAAACACAAUGGCACAAACCUAGAAAAUUAGAUCAAUCUUUUAUGAAUCCAUUAAAUAUUAACGAAUUAACUGGCCCAGUAGGAGCUAAUAUUUUUAUUUUUCAUAUCCCAAAUGAAUGGAUGCAAAAUGAUUUAUUAGCUGCCUUUUCACCUUUUGGUAAUAUUAUAUCUGCCCAUAUUGCAACUGAAAAGGAUACUGGUAGAAAUAGGGGGUUUGCUUUUGUAUCCUAUGAUAAUGUAGAUAGUGCUAUUAAUGCUGUAAAAUAUAUGAAUGGUUUUUUAGCACAUAAAAAAAAAUUAAAAGUUACAAUAAAAAAAGGAGAAGAACAAUAUGUUCAAGCAUUGUUAAAUCAAAGAAGUAAAUUAAAUAACACAGAUAAUAGAAGAAAUUUUAUCAACACCGGACCUCAUACAUAA